AUGGUGGGCACGGGGAUGGCGGGCCCGUUCCCUGCGGCGGCGGCGGCUGCGGCUGCGGCGGCUCAGUUCGCCGCUAACGGAGACCUCUCCGCCGUCAAGGCCGACAACGGAGCCGCCGCCUCGCAACAGGCCUCCCUCGUCAAGAGCGAAGGACCCCCCGCACAGGCGCCCCUACCGCCGACCAACUUCUCACCUCAACCGACACAGCAACACACCCAGAACUCGAUAGAAAACCAAAAUCAGAAUUCACUAUCGGUCCGUCAGCAAAGCGAAGCGGAGUCGAACGAGGAGAGCACGCCGGUGAGUGUGGCGGCGGCGGCGGCGGCGGCGCACGCGGCGGCCGCGGCGGUCAGCGCGGCGGUGGCGGCGGGUGCGACGCCCGCGACCGCCGACAAGAGCCUCGUACCCGUCACGGCCUCACAGCCCAAGCGACUGCACGUCUCCAACAUCCCCUUCAGAUUCAGAGACCCGGACCUCAGGAACAUGUUCGGGGGAUUCGGUUUUGUAACAUUCGCAAAUAGUGGUGAUGCGGAGCGAGCACGAGAGCGUCUUCACGGCACCGUGGUUGAGGGCAGAAAGAUAGAGGUGUGCAUGAUCAAUGAAUACCAUCGUAGCACUGUAACUUUAACAUACGCAACCUGCGCCCGUCUGCUCUGUAACGGUCAUUUAAUAUGCCGAUCGAUUGAGAGUCUCACAGUGAAUGUAGAACGGUCCCUACCAUCUCGAUGGCGCUCAGGGCUGCGGGUGUCCGGCGUUACGUGGCCUUGGCUGAGCGCGGCGCCGGCCGCAGCGCCCGCGCCGCCGCUGGUGCUCGCGCCGCGGGCCGCCCAGCGUCGAAGGUACCCCCUCCCCCCGCCCCCCGCGCUGUCACUCACCCCCCGCACCCCCAGCCGCACACCCCCGCCCGCACCCCGCAUGCCAGUAGUCCGUGUGUGUGUUGCAUGUAGCUCCUGCUCUGCGCGGCGCCGCCGUCCUCCGCGGCCGCUCCCCGCGCCCCCCCUCCGCGCCGGCCGCUCACCCUCACCCCCUCGCACCCGCGGUGAUGCCACGCGCCAACCCAUUCGCCUCGCCGUUGCACGCAUACGCACAGUGAGUACUCACAGCUCGCACAGCACAGCAUCCCUCCCCCACAUCCCUCCUAGAAGCACCCUUCUGAAAACAUAUAGUCCACUUGUGUAUUACGACCCGUUCUUAGCUGCAGCGGCGACUGCUGACUCCAACUACAGGCUACAGGCGGCGGCGGCGGCGGCUGCAGCGGCAGCAGCACCCUUGCUGAAGUCACCGCUGACGACGGCGCAGCAUGCGGCAGCGGCGGCAGCAGCAGCAGCGAACUACGGGGCGGCGGCACGAGCAGCGGCAGCGGCAGUCAGCGCAGCGCCCGCACCAGCCGCGCUAGCGCCGCUUGCCACCUACGGCCGAGAGUAUGCGGAUCCGUAUCUAGGACACAGCAUCGGUCCGGUUACAGGAUACGGGACCGCGGUCUACAGAAGCGGAUACAACAGAUUCGCUCCGUACUAA